UCUCUCUGGUCAGUAGGUCAGGCGCACCGACGCAGAGACGCUCCGCAGCUCCUCCACAGUUCACUGACAGCAAGCAGCUCCGACAGCCAUCAUGAGGGAAAUCGUGCACAUCCAGGCCGGCCAGUGCGGGAACCAGAUUGGUGCGAAGUUCUGGGAGGUGAUCAGCGAUGAGCAUGGCAUCGACCCAACAGGGACCUACCAUGGAGACAGCGACUUGCAGCUGGAUAGGAUCAGUGUGUAUUACAACGAGGCGACUGGGGGGAAGUAUGUGCCCAGAGCCAUCCUGGUGGACCUGGAGCCGGGUACCAUGGACUCGGUCCGCUCGGGACCCUUCGGACAAAUCUUCAGACCUGACAACUUUGUCUUUGGCCAAAGCGGAGCAGGUAACAACUGGGCCAAAGGUCACUACACUGAGGGAGCGGAGCUGGUGGACUCAGUCCUGGAUGUGGUGAGGAAGGAGGCCGAGAGCUGUGAGUGCCUGCAGGGUUUCCAGCUCACACACUCCCUGGGAGGAGGCACCGGCUCUGGCAUGGGCACCCUGCUCAUCAGCAAGAUCCGAGAGGAGUACCCCGACCGCAUCAUGAAUACCUUCAGUGUGGUGCCCUCUCCUAAGGUGUCAGACACAGUGGUUGAGCCUUACAACGCCACCCUCUCGGUCCACCAGCUGGUUGAGAACACUGAUGAAACCUACUGCAUCGACAAUGAAGCUCUCUAUGACAUUUGCUUCCGCACUCUUAAACUCACCACGCCCACCUAUGGUGACCUCAACCACCUGGUGUCAGCCACCAUGAGCGGCGUGACCACCUGCCUGCGCUUCCCCGGCCAGCUCAACGCUGAUCUGAGGAAACUGGCCGUCAACAUGGUGCCCUUCCCUCGUCUCCACUUCUUCAUGCCCGGCUUCGCCCCUCUGACCAGCAGGGGGAGCCAGCAGUACCGAGCUCUGACGGUGCCCGAGCUCACCCAGCAGGUGUUUGAUGCCAAAAACAUGAUGGCGGCUUGCGACCCGCGCCACGGCCGCUACCUGACGGUGGCCGCCGUGUUCCGCGGCCGCAUGUCCAUGAAGGAGGUGGACGAGCAGAUGCUGAACGUCCAGAACAAGAACAGCAGCUACUUCGUGGAGUGGAUCCCCAACAACGUCAAGACGGCCGUCUGUGACAUCCCACCCCGCGGACUCAAGAUGGCCGUCACCUUCAUCGGCAACAGCACGGCCAUCCAGGAGCUGUUCAAGCGCAUCUCCGAGCAGUUCACCGCCAUGUUCCGCCGCAAGGCCUUCCUCCACUGGUACACCGGCGAGGGCAUGGACGAGAUGGAGUUCACCGAGGCGGAGAGCAACAUGAACGACCUGGUGUCCGAGUACCAGCAGUACCAGGACGCCACGGCUGAGGAGGAGGGAGAGUUUGAAGAGGAGGCAGAAGAGGACGCCUAAGAGAGCAGCAGAAAUGAAAAUUAAGCAACAUGAGGUGAUGAAAGAGAGGUGAACAACCAAAACCAAAAAGAAAAUUUCUUAAAAAAAGAAAAAAAAGAGGAAAAACAGGAAAAAAUGAACUGAAGGAAUGUAGCCUAAAAGAAAGAAGUGGGAAGAGGAGGCUGGGUGUCUGAAUUGGUUGGGGUGGGGUCGGGGUGUGAUUACAAGAGGUAAUGAGAGAAGGAAGAAUGUAGGUGGGGAGAUGACACAGGAUGGGAGAGAAUCAGGAUAACAAUUACAUGACCAAAUAAACGUGCCACAGUUUGCGGUUGUGACCCCAUGUAGGCCUGUCGACCCAAGCCUGGCCUCCCGAAAUCUGUUUCGCACUGAGAUCUCUCUCUUUUUUUUUUUUUUUUUUUUUUUUAGCAAUGACAAAAUCAUUUGCAGUUUCUACACUUUAUUCUCUUAGCUUAGGGUUUUCUUCUGCUGUGUUUUUCAAGUCGGAAAUUCUGAAUUUCCCCAAUUAAUGCAAUGUGAUGUCAUGAAACACACCUUCACCUGUAUGCAGCGAUCUGAUGUCACGUCAGCUAAUUUUUGCACCACUAUACCGUACCAUCAAAACACAUUACACUUUAAUUUUCAGUAUCGCAUGACUUUAAACUCAAACGGUCAUGGUAAAUGGUUAAACAUAUGAAUUAAAAAUGUGAAGUUGCAGUUACAGUUCCUAACUUUAGGCUCACUAGCAAGCCGUUCAAGCUAAAUAUCACUGAUGUAGUCCUAGCUGUUGUGUAGCGAACAAUAUUUUACCUUAGCCAAGUUCUUGUCGACACCCUGUUUUGUGCUGGACCACUGGAACUAGCAAAUAUUAUAAUUACAACCUACUAGCUGGGGAUUCCCAUCUUAAAAGUUUAAUCAGGAAGCUCAGGAAGUAUUUUAACCCGGACUAACACUCAGUCCAGGUUAGUUUGCUCCCUUUUCACACACAGCAAAUGUGCAGUGUUAGAUGCUCUAGAUGCUUCUGGGAAACUAAGCCCUCAUUCAGAAAAGGCUAAAGAAACAAGAAGAAAGCAAGCGCCAGCAACAGCAAAUCACGCCAUCAUCAGUGUUACUUACUUUUGUCAUUUUUGUGUCAGGAUCCUCGUCUGAAAAUGUGAAUCAAUAGCCAGGACAAUACCAACAGUAUUAUAUUCUCCCCAUUUUCAACACAAUUCUCUCAUGAGUUUUAAAGCACACUGUAUUUUUUCAACACAAAGCGAGUCGGCAUAAGAGAAACAGAUAUGUUGAAAAUGUCCCAGUGGCUCCAGCAGUCGGUUUCAUUCUCUGCUCACAGUCACUGAAUAAAAGACCUCUCUCCAUUACAUUCUCCAGCUGUGAGUCUUAUCCAACAUCUGUGAGUGUUCAUGAGCUGCAGCAUUGUCAUUUCCGUGUGACACAAUGCUCUCGUCCACUGAAUCGGGAUUUUUAGUUCAGCUGUCAGAGUUUUCAGAGGCGCCCGCCAGUGAAAACUUCACAUCAAGGCCCCAUAACUGCAAUUUUGAUGUUAGUUAUGAUUUUCUCACUUGAUACUCAAAGUUUGAAAUGUUUUCUGAUGAGUAACCGAGUUCAGCACAAGAAAAAUUCUGUCCUAACAAAACAAAGAAGUCCAUGUUUGAGUGAGUGAGCUUUUCAGUACAUUGGGCGCCUUCCACACACAUUGGGGAACAUGCGAGGUGACUGCGGUUUCACUGAACCUCUGAAAAAUUGACUUGUCAGAGAUACAAGGUUUUUACAGUGUUAUGCAACAGCAAGCAGAGUGCUUGAUUUUUCUCCCAGACGCCAGCCAACGUCCUGAGGAGGAACACACACUGCCCAUGCCUUGCUAUAAAUUUUUUUUUAAAAGAAAUGGACAAUAGAACGUUUUUUUCAGAUGGAAAGAAAAAAAGUCUCCUUUUGUUGGUACUCUCCAUGUGCUUUUGAAAAUAUUCAGUGUUUUGUUUUUGACAGAAUCAUGACUCACUCCACGCAUAAAUAACAAUGUUAUUUAUAAAUAAACUUUUGAUUAUUGUAAGCACAAAACACUAAAAUUGUAGUUUGGUGGGUUAUCUGUGACAGCAGUGAUAUUUGUGUAACUUUCAUCUAUUUUUCAUUGCAAGCUGGCUUCUAA